GAAAGCAUGAGGGCUGUGUCUCUUUAAAUCACUCUCCUUCACUCUUCCAGAAGUCUUCAGGGCUCCUUAGAAGUGCCUGUUGUUUAGCAACCCUCCCAAUCUAGAGGGACAUGACACAGCAGCUCAUGAAGUCAACCUGUUGCUACACAAAAUUAUUUUCAUAUGCAGAGAGGUCUGAAGGUGUACAAAGUUGACAGUUGAUUUUAAGGAGUGAGACCUAAGAUAAGGAAGGGCUAGCCGGCUUCCUCCUCCCCAUGCUACCACACCCUUCCCCUGGAUAAACCUGGCUGACUGGUUGACUACCUGUGGCUGACUGUGUUUUCUGUCGCUUUAUGUAUCUGAGUGCGGUGUAGAUCUGUCCGAUGGCUCAGCCCAAGUUCGCUCACUGUAAUGGGACGCACAAACCGCACCAAAAUCAUCUAAAUGGAAUAACCAAGAAGAACGGAUUUCAUAAAACACUACAGAAUGGAACUGUAAAUGGAAAUCUUUACAAGAGAGAGUUCAAAGAGUCCUUUGAAGAAGCUCCGUUGUAUGUUGCAGUACUCACCUACAUAGGUUUUGGUGUUGUCACGUUGUUUGGCUACCUGCGGGAUUUCAUGAGAGCAUGGGGACUGGAGAAAUGUCACAUGGCUGAGGAAAGGGAAGAACAAAAAGACUUUGUGCCUCUUUAUCAAGACUUUGAAAACUUCUACACAAGAAAUCUCUACAUGAGAGUCCGAGACAAUUGGAACCGUCCCAUCUGCAGUGUUCCUGGCCCUCAGUUUGAUCUCAUGGAAAGAGUGACUGAUGACUACAACUGGUCCUACAGGUACACUGGAAAGGUCAUUAAGGAUGUGAUAAACAUGGGAUCAUACAACUAUCUGGGGUUUGCAGAGAAUGAUGAAGAGUCACUGGAAAGUGUGAAGAAUGUACUUGAGCGAUAUGGUGCUGGUGUCUGUAGUACAAGACAAGAAGUGGGACACUUGGAUAUUCAUCAAGAGCUGGAGGAUUUGGUUGCAGAGUUUGUCAAAGCAGAAGCAGCUAUGGUAUUUAGUAUGGGAUUUGCCACAAACUCAACUAACAUUCCUGCGCUGGUUGGCAAGGGUUGCCUUAUUUUAAGUGAUGAGCUGAACCAUACUUCUCUAGUUCUCGGUGCUAGACUUUCAGGAGCAACCAUCAAAAUUUUCAAGCAUAACAAUAUGAAGAACCUAGAGAAAUUAUUGCGGGAUGCUGUGGUCAAUGGACAGCCACGCACUCACAGAGCCUGGAAGAAAAUCCUAAUCCUUGUUGAAGGAAUUUACAGCAUGGAAGGGUCAAUUGUCCGUCUUCCAGAAAUAAUAGCGUUAAAGAAGAAGUACAAAGCUUAUCUGUACUUGGAUGAAGCACACAGUAUUGGAGCAGUGGGGCCUUCAGGACGAGGUGUGGUGGAAUACUUUGGAGUGAACCCCGCAGACAUUGAUGUGAUGAUGGGAACAUUUACCAAAAGCUUUGGAGCCAUGGGAGGAUAUAUUGCUGGAAAAAGGGAUCUUGUGGAUUACUUAAGAACUCAUUCUCACAGUGCACUUUAUGCAUCAUCUAUGUCUCCGCCUGUGGCAGAGCAGACAAUCAGAAUAAUGAAGUGCAUCAUGGCGCAUAAUGGGACUGGUCUGCAAAGAGUACAGCAGCUCUACGAGAAGACCCGAUACUUCAGACAACGAUUACAUCAAUUAGGAUUCAUAAUAUAUGGCAAUGAGGAUUCUCCUGUCGUCCCUGUUCUCUUGUACAUGCCAGGAAAAGUAGGAGCCUUUUCAAGACACAUGCUAGAGAGGAAAAUUGGUGUUGUUGUCGUUGGAUUCCCAGCAACUCCUAUCACAGAAGCCAGAGCGAGGUUUUGCAUUUCGGCAGCACACACAAAGGAGAUGCUGGACACAGUUCUGGAUGCUCUGGAUGACAUGGGCAACUUUCUACGACUAAAGUACUCCCGUCAGUCUAAGUCACACCGAGCAGAGGUUUAUGACGAGCCAAACGUUGAACUCGAUGCUUGAAACGCUUUUUUUUAUCUUUGUGACUUUUUUUUUUUUUUCCAUUCUUCACCAUUGUGGAGAUCCCUGAUGUCAGAUGAGAAAAGAAACAUUACAUGGCUUAGUGUGAAGCCAUGAGCAAUACCAAAGGCGACCUAUCAAUGGCUAAAAUUAUAAUGGUUUAUAGAAGUCAUCUCUAGAAGGUCCAUUCUUCUCUGUUCAGUUUAGUUUUAGUGUAACAAAUCCAGAUAAGUACAAGUCCAUCAUCAUAAAGUGAGUGUAACACUAAUGGAAGGAAUGCCAGGAAAUGUGAAUUUCUACCUCUUUAUUUAUAAUACUAAAAACUUUUUUAAGUUUUCUGCACAGUAAUAUCCAUGUUAUAAGAAAAUGUCACAUCCACAGUUUGUGCCAACAUCCAGAUUGGAUCCUUUUUUUCCAUGCCUUCUGGGUAAACACAGUGUUAAGAUAACUUAUAUAAAUGUAAUCAACAACAAUAAGAGGGUUCGGAGUCUGGAUAUACUGUAUUGGUUGUAUAUACAGAUCCAAAAACAACAAAGGUCAAUAAUAAUGUAAUUAGCAUUGGACAUCUCUACUCGACCGAAGAGUUUGUUAAUAAGAUGAUCACAAAGUGUUCCCUUGCUUAGAUUCCCAGUAACCAACAGUAAUCUGGUGGGAAACUUGGUGGUAAGUGUUCAAUUUCCCUGUAGCGCCACCACAAGGAAAAUGAAGCAUUUACACCGUGACUUUUGAAAUCAAUAUGAUGUCUGUGUAAUACAGGUCAUGUCCUUGAGAUGAGAGAUGCUCUUUGUACCUGCUCUCCACUUUAGCAAAAAUAAAUAAAUGAGGAGUCCACCUCUCUAGAUACUAAUCGGGUAGACAAAAAUGGUUUUCUAAAGUAGACAACUACUGUAAAACUGCUAAAAAUGAGUUUUUCAGUCUUUAUAUCAGAAAUACGCUUCAUCAUAUGCAAGGGAAAUCUCCUUCAGACCAACAUCGUUAAUAUUGCAGUGAAAUAUAGUCUUCUAUAAGAGGCUAAUAUGCACAGAAUGUAGGCUAACUGAAGAUCCAUUACAGAAGUAUCUGUUUUAGCUAAGGGGUGGAUAUCCUCUGAGAAGUUUUCAACAUAUUAAGGGCUUAUGCACAUAAACCACGGAUCCACAAAAUACAGAUACUGUCCGUGUGCCAUCUGCAUUUUUUGAGGACUUAUUGACUUCAAUUGGUCCACGGAUCGCAUUUUGCAGACCAAAAUAGAACAUGUUCUAUAAUUUGUGGAAUGAACAUACAGAUGCAAAUGGGCAUAUGAAUGUUAUCCUUUUGCUGUCUGCAUCCGUAUAUCCGUUACAUAAAUUACAGAACAUAUCCAAUUCUCUUCCACAAAAUGCGAUCCACUGAAUUUAAUGGAUCCACAAGAAAAAUGCGGAUGGUACAUGGACGGUAUCUGUAUACUGUGGAUCCGUUGUUUUCAAACUGCAAAACAAAUAUGGUUGUGUGCAUGAGGCCCAAUGUAUACUAUAUGACAGCACUGAAAAUACCGUUACCUGGUGUAUUGUCAAUCAACUCUUUCCUCCAUUUUCCGUGUCCAUUAAAAUGAUUGUACGUUGGUUCUAGACCUAAUGAUGUGGAAAAUGUGAUCAUUCCAUUUUAUUAUGUCUGGAUACUUCAGGCCAGCCAUUGUGUGACAUGGUUGUACAAAAUCAUUAACAUUUAAGUAUUUGUGCUAGUUUUGGAUGCUUGAGUGGCAUUGGCUUUGUGCAUAUGUUCAUGUAUGAGGUUAGUCAGGAGUGAUGGCGGUGAACAUGAAGGAGUGGUCUAUGUUGUUUUGCACUGAAAACUGCAUACGUUCAGUUUGUGCCUUAUGGUAAAUGGUUUGAAUUUAUUAAAUAGUCAUGAUGUAUAACUGUGUGCGUGACGUUAUAAUUUUUAGCUUUACAUAACUCGGUGCACUAAAAACUUCCUAAAUAUUUUUUUUAUUUUUAUAAUGUGACUCUAAUCUUCGGUAAUCCUUCUCACACAAGACUAGUAUUUUUAAAGGAGAACACCCCUUCUGACCUGUCAUAGAGAUAUGUGAGAGGAGGCUACCAAUGGGCCUCAAUGAGUUCAAAACCCCCACAAAUUCCCAAAUCACACCAUUGAGAUCAGUGGUGCAGUAGUACCUUUGGGUCUCAACAAUUUUCAAGGGUUCCACUUUGGGUCACCAUUUUCACAUUACUAUGACAGCAAUAAUCCAUCUAUGCCUGGCGGAGUAGGUGAAGGAGGUCAAAGGUACCAGGGAAACCUGUGCCCUGUUGCCCAAAGGCCCCUCUACCAAAUAAAAAGACACCAUUAUUAUACUGUAAAUGACAUGUGGUAGGUGGGGGCCCUGUUAUGGAUUUUUGAAUAGGGUACAGGGGCUUCACAUUACUUCACUGGAUCUAAAGAUGUAGUUGGAUGAGGGGAGCAAGAAUAUUUUUGCACUAUUAUAUUUAAUCUCAGGGGCUUGUUUGCUUUUCUUCUUUUUAUUUUUUAUUUUCAUAUGUGCCUGCAUUGCUGAGAAAAAUGAUGUUUUAAUAUAUGCAA